AUGUUAAUCAGUGCAUGGUUGAAUAUUUCAACCGACCAUAUAGUUGGUACCGACCAAAAGGACAAAAUAUUUUGGAGUCGAAUUCGCAAUUAUUGUGUGGAAUUCAACUCCGACAUAAAAAGGAGGGCAGUUGCAUGUAAGAAACGAUGGAAUAAGAUCAACAAAGCAGUUACAAAAUUUGUUGGCUGCUAUGAUCAAGCUAGUCGAAGCAUAAGGAGUGGUUUGAAUGCUGAUGAUAUGAAGGAGUUGGCCUAUAAACUUUAUUCCACACAUUAUGAAACAUCGUUGGCUGACGAACUCGGUGUGGACUCUCUCGUUUGCCCACAAGGAUCAAAGAAAAGCAAGCAAAAAAGUAAGAAAAAAGCACAAAUGUCUGAAGAUCUUAGCGAAAAGAAAUUAUCGGUUGUUAAAAAACUAUCUUUCAUGGAAGAUAUUAAGAAUGUUAGAGAAAAGGAACUAAUGGAUAGGGAAAAAGAAAGAGAAGAGGAGAGGGAACAUAGAGCAAAGAUUAUGGCAAUGAAGGAGAAGAAGUUACAAAUUCAAGCGAAAAUGAAAGAACAAGAAUUACAAACUCAAGCGGCAAUGAAAGAACAAAAAUUACAAACUCAGAGGUAUAUUAAAGAAAUAGAGAUAAAUGCAAAAGAAAGGAAAAUGGAAAGGAUAACUAAGGAAAGGGAAAGGGAAAUGGAUAUGCAAAUACUUAAUGCUGACACGUCUACAAUGAGUGAAAAAUGUACAGGGAGAGUUACUCCUGUUUUAUCUGAAGCUGACCAGAGAACUUUAAGGAGAUUAAGUAGAGCCGAAAGAGGGAAAGGCAUUGUUGGAGAGGAAGAAUUUGAGGAAGAAUAUCACGAGAUGGAAGGAGAUCCAUCUAAUCCAGGAGGAGGGGUUAACAACAACCCUCAACAGAGGAGAUUACAAACUGAUGCUAUUCCCAUUCUCUCUCAGGGACAAGGCCACUCAAUGGUUGGAAUCCUUUCCAAGGGACAGCAUCAACAACUGGGAUGA